AUGGCUGAUUGUUUGCUUGCUAAAACCUUGGGAGUAGUCACUACACGAACUCAGGCAAAUCGAAUCCUAGAGCUUCAAUGGAGUGCCCCCCCAUUUAACUCCUUCAAGUUGAACAUUGAUGGUUGUUUGCUUGGUAAUCCAGGGUGUUCUAGGGCAAGGGAAAUUAUUAGAGCUACAAAUGGGACUAGUUUAUUCGCCUAUGCUUUUUAUGAAGGUGUGGGGACAAAUUUCAUGGCAGAGUUUGCAGCUUUAUUCCAUGGACUAAAGUGUGCAAUUGCAAAAGAAAUUAAAAAUCUGAUAAUAGAGUGUGACUCUCCGGCUGUUGUCAUCUGUGUUCAGAAGGAAGCCAUUCCCUGGUGUUUUCAGCAAAUGUGGUGGCACUGCAAAGGCUAUCUAGAUAAAAUCUCUUGGAGCAUUGUUCAUUGCUAUUGCCAAAGUCAAUACAGUGGUAGACAGAUUAGAAAAACAUGCAACAGCAACACGAAGUUCUAA